CAUGAUUCUAUUUAACGUGUUUUCCUCAACAGUCUCCUAGCCAAGUUUACUGUGGGUCGGUCCCGAUAAGGCCGUGUUAUUCUGCACAUUGUGGGACAUCUACUCGAGAGAUAAACAUGUUCGCUACGGUUAGCAAACAGCUUAGAAGCCAUCCAGCUCUUAUUCCCCUGUUCAUUUUCAUCGGUGGUGGUUGUGGUAUGUGUUUGACCUACCUGGCCAGGCUGGGCCUCAGAAGUCCUGACGUUUGCUGGGACAAGACGAACAACCCUGAGCCCUGGAACAAAAUGGCUCCAACUCAGCAGUACAAGUUCUACCGUGUGAACCUGGACUACUCAAAGCUGAAGAAAGAAGGUCCUGACUAUUAAAUUCCUACACAGAUCAACUGCUUCAAAAACAGUGCUGGACCAAAGGCUGAGAAAAAAAAACAUCUAAACUAAAAGGCUUCCUACAUGGAAUGGAGACCUCUCCCUGUGUACCCCUUCCAACCCAGGCACUAUUUAAAGAAGCUGGAUCGCACAACACUUUGUCAAGUCCCGUUUGAAAGUCCUAUUUAAUUCCUAAGCUUUUCUAAAUCUGUUUUUUCUCAUUCUUCAUGGUUAUUCACAGCAAUAAAUGGAGAAUUCUCUCCCUGAAACAGA